AUGAAAGGUGGAGAUAAAAAUUGGUCCGAUGAUCAUAGUAGUGGUGAUCAAUACAGGAUGAAAGAUGAUACUGUUACUGGUAAGAAGAAGAGUAAGGAAUUGGGUGGGGAAUCAUCAUCAUCAUCAUCGAACAACAUUGCUCGUACUUGCACUGAAUGUGGUAAGAUAUUCUGGUCAUGGAAGGCUCUUUUUGGUCAUAUGCGUUGUCAUCCUGAGCGUGAAUGGAGAGGCAUUAACCCUCCACCUAAUUUCAGAAGACAACAACUUGUUGUGACUCCAGAAGAACAGGAAGGUGCUGCUUCUUUGCUCUUACUUUCUAAUUCAAAUCCAAAGAACAAGAAAGCAAAAGCAAAAGCAACAACAACGGUGGUCGAUGAGGAUGAUCAGUUUGUGUGUUCGUGUUGUAACAAAGUAUUUGGAUCCCAUCAGGCACUUGGAGGACACAGGGCUAGUCACAAGAAUGUCAAGGGCUGUUUCGCCAAUACAACAACAACAAUAACCGCUUCUUCUAAUUCUACUACUGGAAGGACGUUCAUGACGCCUCACGAUGACACAAUGACUCGUGGUGGAAACGUGGAAGUGGAAGGGGAAGCGGUUAAUAAUAAUGAGAUGAUUAACUGCAUCAUCGGACACAAGUGUAGCAUAUGUUUGAGGGUAUUUAGCACUGGACAAGCACUCGGUGGUCAUAAGAGGUGUCAUUGGGAAAAAGUGGAACCCAAAACACCAACACCAACACCAACACUACCAUUUGAUUUGAAUUUCCCUUUUCCACCUCUCCCUCCUCCAGAUCAUAAUCAUUCUUCUUCUCCCCUCACUCUUGAUUUGAGGUUGGGACUUUAA